AGAAAGAGAAGUAGAGUAAGAAUUGAAAAACAGAGUCCAGAAAACAGAGAAAGAGAGAAAAAAAUGUUGGUGAAGGAGAUUGAGGAAGUAAGCAGCUUUGAGGCACUGCCUCUACUUUCAUUGAAUCAUGUGUCUUUGUUGUGCAGAUCAGUUUGGGCUUCUGUGCAGUUUUAUGAAGAAGUUUUGGGGUUUGUUAUAAUCAAAAGGCCCUCUUCUUUCAAUUUCAAUGGAGCAUGGUUGUACAAUUAUGGGAUUGGGAUACACUUGAUUGAGAAUCCUUCAAUUGAUGAAUUUGACAUUAUCAAUGAAGAACGCCCAAUUAAUCCCAAAGACAAUCACCUUUCCUUCCAAUGCACUGAUGUUGGGAUUGUGAAGAGGAGGCUAGAAGAAAUGGGCCUGAGAUAUGUGACAGCAGUAGUAGAGGAGGAUGGAAUCAAAGUGGAUCAAGUGUUCUUCCAUGACCCAGAUGGAUAUAUGAUUGAAAUCUGCAACUGUGACAACAUCCCAAUCCUUCCAAUCUCUUCUUGCUCAAUCUUCAAACCCAGAAUGGGAAGUUACAUGGAGAAGGCAGCAACCCUAAGCCCAUGUGGGUUCAUGGAGAAUGUGAUGAUGGAGAGCUUGAGCAUGGACAUGAUGAACUUCUCAUUUUGAUAAAUUAUAGUUUUGCCCCAAAAAACAAAGUGGAAAAUCACUCUCUUUUUCUCUGUGGAAAGGACUUUUUCUUGGUUAAUAUGUUUGAUAUGGUAUUUGGGUAUUUUGCUCUAAUGGAGAGCUGGUGUUUAAUUAUGUGAGAAUUCUAAAUAAGAUUGUAAAAUUGAAGGAGUUUGUAAUAUGUGUGUAAUUUGUAAUACAAGUUUGUAAUAAGUAGGUAUAUCCAACAAAGCAAAGCCAAGAUGUGGCUUGUUAUCUUCAAAAUGGAUAUACAUAGUUUGAGCAUAUAAGAAAAUUUGUUCAUUAAUCUUUUGGUCUCUUUG